AUGGCAUCAACCGCAGAACAAAUUGAUCCAGCCGUGAAAGGAACACUUAAUGUUCUUAAAUCAUGCACAAAAGUUCAGUUUGUCAAGAGAGUGACUAUAACAUCUUCUCUGGCAACAAUGGCAUUUAGUGGAAAGCCUGUGACUCCUGAUGGGGUGUUUGAUGAGACUUGGUAUUCAAAUCCAAAAGUUUGCAAGAAAUUGAAGUUCUGGUAUAUGCUUGCAAAAACCUUAGCAGAGGAGGCAGCUUGGAGAUUUGCAAAAGAGAAUUCAAUUAACUUGGUUACAUUAAAUCCAGGAUAUGUAAUUGGUCUUCUCUUACAACCAACUCUUAAUGAAACUAUGGAGAUGAUUCUCAACCUUGUAAACGAUAUUUUUCCACAACCAUUUUAGAUUAUAAGCAUGUUUCUCUGGGAAAUGAUCUGAUAGAAGAUGUAGUAAACAAAGUAAAAACACUUACCAACUCAACUCAUUUUCAAUCCCAAUCAAUCUUGGAUUGGCUAUACGACUUAUUUUUCGUCAUUUUGCUUGAUUUCUUCUGAUACAAUUAGUUGAUCUU